AUGGCCGACGCGAGUGUUGUCUCGUUUUCAAAGGCGACAGAAGUCCAGCGCCACGGCUCGCAUACAUACGGCGUCAAUCUUGUAGACUCAUUCUGCAUUGGGACCGUCCCCAAUGGUGGCUAUGUCACCAGCUGCAUCUUAAGAGCGGCGGCUCUGCACCUCGCCGAAUCGGGCCAAAAGGACGUGUUGAACGCCCACGUCCAGUUCCUCAACCGCACCGAGAUUGGGCCCGCGGUGAUAAUAAUUGAGGACGUCAAGCUCGGCCGCCAGCUCUCCACGUUGCACGCCACGCUCUACCAGCACGCACUCUUACCAGAGGCGCCCUGGAUCACUCAAGGGUCAACACGCAAAGAGGUCGCUGUCUACUUGACCAUGUCCGAUCUAAGUAAGGCCAAGGGUGUCUCUCUACCUACUUCCUUCCACAACAGCUUACAGGAAUCCCUCCCGCCACGGCCGGACUUCGCCGCGCUAAAAGAAGACCGUGACUCCAACUGGGUCCGGCACCGGUUCCCCGGCGGCAGCCCGCUGAGCUACGCCCGAUGCCUGCAAAACACAGUCUACCACGACCCUCGCGGCGGACAGCCCAAUACGGCAGUUCUGUACAAAUGGGUGCGUCUCGCCUCCGGGGAGAAGUUCACGGCGGCCUCAUUGGGCUUUGUCUCGGACUGCUGGCCGUACGUGGUCGAGGCCCAGAGGCCGAGCCGAAAGGAAGCGGAGGAGCGGGAGCGCCGGGGCGAGACCCUCGCAUUUCGGCCUGGCACCAUGUUUUGGUACCCUACCGUGGUGUUGAAUAUUGAGCUGAAAAAGACGCUGCCCGAGGAAGGGCUAGAAUGGCUGCAGAUGCGGGUUCAGUCCAAACAAAUCAAGGACGGCCGGUUCGAUCUCGAGGUCAUUCUGCUAGACGAGCACGGCGAUUUGGUCGCCCUCAGCAAUCAUGUCAAUUUGAUACUCGGAAGCGAGAGAAAUACAGCCGAGAGGACCAAGGCCGGUGCUUCGGGGCCAUCGAGCCACAUCUGA